AUGCGAUACUUAUUGAAAUUUUCUAUUACUGCAGGGAAAACUCGCACGAAAGAUAAAUACCGGGUGGUGUACAGCGACCACCAGCGGCUGGAGUUAGAAAAGGAGUUUCACUACAGUCGGUAUAUAACUAUCCGAAGAAAGGCUGAAUUAGCCGUUAGUCUUGGACUCUCUGAAAGACAGGUAAAAAUUUGGUUUCAAAAUCGCCGCGCAAAGGAGAGGAAACAAGUGAAAAAACGCGAAGAAGUGGUAAUGAAAGAGAAAGGCGAUCACGCAUCUUUACAACAUGCGCAAUUACAUCACGCUACAAUGUUACACCACCAACAGAUGAUGAACGGUAUGAUGCAUCAUCACCAUUACCACCAAGGGGUUCUUCAAGGAGUUCCGGAACCGUUAGUUCCAGGGGUUCCGCCAGUUCCUCUCCUG